AUGUCUCAACAAAACACAGAGCAUGUCGGACAAUGCGUUGGAAAACAUCUUGUAUGGUUGGAUUGUGAUCCAGGACAUGAUGACUUUUUUGCUAUUUUAAUGUGUAUUCAUCCCGAUAUUAAAUUAUUAGGAAUUUCCACUGUAGGAGGAAAUCAAACUGUUGAAAAAACAACCCUCAAUGCAUUGAAGGCUAUUACUGCUAUGGGUUCUGAUUUUGCAGAGGUGCCAGUAGUGAAAGGACAAGCAAAACCAAUGGUACGACCAGCAAAGCAUUGUGCUGAAAUUCAUGGUGAAACAGGUCUUGAUGGACCAACAUUUCCAAAGCUGACAAAAACAGCAAUCACAGAUGAAAAAGCUGUCAAUUACAUGUAUAAGGUUAUUUCAUCUCAGGAUAGACCCGUUAAUUUAAUUUGCACAGGUCAAUUCACCAACGCUGCUCUUUUAUUGAUUUUAUAUCCAGAAAUCAAAUCGAAAAUUGCACAAAUAAUAGUCAUGGGUGGAGCUAUUGGAUUUGGAAACACAAGUCCUGCAGCAGAAUUUAAUAUUGAGGGUGAUCCUGAAGCUGCUUCAGUUUUGUUUGAGUCUGGUUUGAAGGUUGUUAUGUGUCCUUUGGAAGUUACGCACACUGCAUUGGCCACACCUCAAAUUCUUGAACGGUGCGACAAGAUGAAUUCCAAAUUUGGAGCUAUUUGCAAAGAAUUGCUCAUGUUUUUCAAGGAUACCUAUAAGAGAGUAUUUUUCAUGGAAGAUCCUCCUUUGCAUGAUCCAUGUACAAUUGCCUACCUUUUGAAUCCUUCUUUAUUUACCCUGGAAUUUAUGCGAGUUGAUGUGGAGUGUUCUUCCAGAUUCUGCAAUGGACGGACUGUGUGUGAUGUUUACCACAUGUCCAACCAGCCAAAGAAUGUCCAUGUUGCAACAAAGGUGAAUGUCUCCGGUUUUUGGGAUUUGCUUUUCGAAUGUUUGCAUUUGGUCGAUAAGGUGACAUGUCUCAAUCAUUAA